AUGUCCGAUCCCCAGAUUCCAAAGCUAUAUCCGCGCAGCACGCCCUCAUGGCAGGCCAAGCAACGCGAAGCCUUCUGGUCCGUCAACGAGGGCCGCACACAGCCCUUCAAUACGCGGCCAGACCAGCUUGAGGCAUUGGCCCGCGAGUGUCUCUCACGCAACGGCCGUCUGUACGCCGAGUCCAACGCCGGUGCCUCGUGGACGCAUCAAGCGAACCGUGAUGCCUUUUUCCGACACCGCAUCAUCCCCAAACAACUCGUCGACACCAACCAGCGCGACACAAGCACCACGCUCUUCGGCCACAAGGUCGCUGCGCCCAUCGGCUUCGCCCCCAUCGGCAUCAACAAGAUCUACCACCCGCAAGGCGAGCUCCCCGUUGCCAAAGUAGCGGGCGCUCUCCGCCUUCCCUACGGCCUUUCGACCGCAGGCUCCACCUCCAUCGAGGCGGUCGCGGCGGCCAACGACGCCGGGCGGCAGGCCGACGGUGCUGUGAAGAUCGAUGGCGCGGACAACGAGCAGCCCGUGCGGUUCUUUCAGCUAUACAUGCCGCAUGAUGACGAGUUGACGCGCAGCCUGCUGACGAGGGCGGUUGAGAGUGGGUUUAGUGCGUGCAUACUCACGACGGAUACGUGGCAGCUGGGGUGGCGGCACGAUGACAUCUACACGAGCAACUACGCUUUCUACAGGGGUAUUGGGGCGGACUUGGGACUGACUGAUCCGGUGUUCCGGAAACGGUUGGAAGAGUGGGGGAUCGAUGCUGAGAAGGAGCCGCAGCGGGCCGGCGCGGCGUGGAUUGAUAGCGUGUGGCACGGUAGGGCGUGGAGUUGGGAGAAGAUGCCGUGGUUGAUCCGGACGUGGAAGGAGAUCAGUGGCGGGAAGCCGUUCCUGCUGAAGGGGAUUCAGGAUGUGGACGAUGCGUGGCGGGCGGUGGAGGUUGGGUGCGAUGGCAUUGUGGUCAGCAAUCAUGCUGGACGGCAGGUGGACGGCGCGAUUGCCUCCCUCGAUGCGCUCGACAACAUCAUCCGGGCCGGCGUGGGCGACAAAAUCACCGUCACGUACGACAGCGGCGUGCGCGGCGCAUCCGACAUCGUCAAAGCACUGUGUCUCGGUGCGAAGUUCGUGUGGGUUGGCCGCCUGUGGAUCUGGGGAUUGAGCAUCAUGGGUGAGGCUGGUGUGGAUCACGUCAUGCGCAGUUUGUUGGCUGAGUUCGACAUCGCCAUGGCGGUCGGCGGUUUCUGCAGUGUGGCCGACUUCACCAGGGAGAGGCUGGAAUCCUACGAGCGUGGCAAGGUCCCUCAGCGACGUGAGGAGCAGAGGGCGAAGCUGUGA